AUGUCCUCAAAGUCAUCAUCGAUGAAACAAGAUCCUCUAAAAAAGAAUUCGAAUAAAACAAAGAUUAAUCAAAAGGAUAGCGAUAGAGUAAUCACUGAUGACCCUCGUUUUGCGCAUGUUCACGAUGAUCCUCGUUUCAUUCGUCCCAAGAGAAGGGACAUGAAAGUGAAAAUAGAUGAGCGUUUUAAACAGAUGUUGAACACAAAAGAUUUCAGUGAUACACCUAAGGUUGACAAAUAUGGUCGCAACCUGCCAUCUAACUACGCUGAACAAGAACUACGACGUUUUUAUACUUUGGGGGAGAAGAACGAAAAAGACAAACCUGAUUUUACUGACGAUGUAUCUGAUCCUGAUCUAUCGCAGUCUACAUACGACCGAGCAAGAGGCGAGGGUCUGGUAUCCUCGUCUUCUGAAUCUGAACCUGAAUCUGAAUCUGAUGCAGAUGAUGGGCAUAUAGCCGAUGAUCAACAGUCUCAGGACGAAGCAGAGAAUAUUCCACGCGGAGCACAAACACAUCGAUUUGCAUGCGUGAAUCUUGAUUGGGAUAAUCUCAAAUCAGUUGAUUUGAUGAAAGUAUUCAGUGCUUUCAAACCAGAGGGAUCUUUUAUACGAUCU